UGAUGAUUGAUUGCGAUAGCCAGGCUUGCCAUGUACCGUCACACCCCCCACAAAACGGCAGGCUCUUUGCCAUUGUCGUCUGGUUACAAAACCAGCCCAAUGGCCUUGGCUUUCCGGCAAUGGCUGACAUGCUGUUUCGUGUAGCACAGACUUCUGGUGUUUGGCUGCAGUCAAGUGUUUCUUUUUCUUCUGUUCUUUUCCCCAUCUCCUUGCCCAUCUCCCAUCGCAGCUUACAAGCUGGGUUGCUUAUGUAUCACUUGAAUCCACGUUCAGUCACCAAAUAUUCAAGCGAAGCAUCAACGAGCCAACCUCCGGCUUUAUCCAUCCCUAUUCAUCAAUCAUGAAGCUGCUUACCAUAUCUGCCCUUGUCUCCCUCACAUGGGCAUGUGUCUUGCCCGAGGAGAGGAUCGCAGGUUCUAGCAGCCGCCUCGGCCGCCGCCAGAUUACGGGCAAUACUGGAAUUCCGGUCGGUACUGGGGAUCGGUUUAACGACGGCAAGGAAUUGCCGCGGGGAGUUGGUACUCAGAACACGGCCGUGACGUCUGUUCUCAGCGUCAAGGAGAUCGAUAGCGGAUUCAGAGCGCUUGCAAGCCAUUACAACUUCCAGACGUUUCAAGCUCCGCAGAAGACAUAUGAGGGGCGUUCAGUCUUUGGCGGCAAGGUCGGCGGCAAUGGCACUUGCAACGAUGCCUACAGGGUGUACCUCAACGGUGCGAUCCACGCUCGUGAACGAGGUUCUGCAGAUGGCGUGCUGUUCUUUGUCGCCGAUCUCCUCUACGCCAACGAAAAAAACACUGGCAUCACUUACGGGCGCAAGAGCUACACCAAUGCCGAUGUCAAGAAGGCCUUGUCGGCCGGCCUUAUUUUUGUACCCUUGUCCAACCCGGACGGCGUCGCCUAUGAUCAGAGUUCAAACAGCUGCUGGAGGAAGAACCGCAAUCCUCGCUCGGCCAAAGCUGGAGACGACUCGACGAUUGGUGUUGACCUGAACAGGAACUUUGACUUCCUGUGGGACUUCCCCAAAGAAUUUGCCCCGAGUGUUGCAAGCAGUGUGGCCAGCACUGACCCGAGCUCUGAGGUUUUCCAUGGCACCAGCGCCUUUUCGGAACCAGAGACACAAAACAUCAAGUGGGUCCUGGAUACUUACAAAAAGGUCCGGUGGUUUGUCGACCUCCACUCGUACACGGGCGAUGUGCUGUACAGCUGGGGGAGCGACACCAACCAGGAUAAAUACGACUACAUGAACUUCCACAAUUCAAGCUACAACGCAGUCCGUGGCAUCGUCAACGACGUACCCGGCCGCGGCCGGGGUUACGGCGAGUAUUCGCCCACAGCAGAGGAUUCUGUGAACCAAGGUGCCGCCAAGCGAAUGGGCGACGCCAUGUCAACUGCAAAUGGUCGCAAAUACACGGUUUCCCAGGCAGUCGGUCUUUACCCUACUUCUGGGGCGAGCGACGAUUAUUCCUACUCGAGGCAUUUUACCGACCCUUCCCAAAAUCUUGUGCAUGGCUACACUGUUGAGUUUGGAUUUGGAAACAAUGCAGUGCCGGACUGCCCCUUUUACCCAUCACAAAGCCAGCACAAUGAUAACCUGAGGGAGAUCGGAGCAGGCUUCAUGGAGACGCUGCUGGCUGCAGUCGAUCUUGGACUUGGUGAUCCCACCAAGUGCUGACCUGCUCGGCUAAGGAUCUUAAAUAUGAGCCGGUUAAGAUGAUAUCCUGGCUCGAACCUUCAUACCGUACAUACUUGUAUAGUUUAAUACGAAUAAUAUAACGAAAUACCCAAUUGACGCCCAUUGGAACCGUCGCCAUAUAUCGUUUUCCCCCUACAUAUCGCGCUUUACCUUUCCCUCGAAUUUUACCUGUUUUUGACUUGUUCCCGUAAUUGAAUACUUUCUCCAGAAAUUUCAGAUGAACAUCUUUCUCUCUCUCUCUCUCUCUCUCUCUCUCUCUCUAUAUAUAUAUAUAUGUAU